AGUAAUUUAAGAAAAUACAUAAUUAUUGAUUAGGGAGUAUGAUUUUGAGAAUUACUCUUUUAUUUAUUUCAUCAUAUGUCAGCCUAAAAAAUUUCCCAUUUAAAGUAGUCAAGGCCAUUUCUAUUCGCUCUCCAAUCGUUAUGGAUAAACACAGCAGCAGUGUGAGGUUGGCGGCGUCGCUACAAGCCGCGAGGCGGAGUUCCGGCAAGACAUACAAUCAGAUUGCGGCGGAAACCGGCUUGACAAACGUCUAUGUAGCUCAGCUUCUGAAGCGCCAGGCCCAGCUCAAACCGGAGACUGCCCCAAAGCUCCGGGCGGCGCUGCCGUUUCUGACCGAUGAACACCUUCAAGAAAUGAUGCUCCCUCCGAUGCGGUCCUAUGAUCCCACUAUAAUUCAAGACCCAUGUGUUUACAGAUUGAAUGAAGCUGCGAUGCAUUUUGGGGAGAGCAUUAAGGAAAUCAUUAAUGAGGAAUUUGGAGAUGGCAUCAUGUCAGCUAUAGACUUCUACUGCUCGGUUGACAAAGUAAAAGGCGUGGAUGGAAAAGAUCGUGUUGUUGUGACUUUCAAUGGGAAGUACUUGCCCUAUACCGAGCAGAAAUCAGAGCAUAUGAUGUCCAACCUGCAAGCAAGAGAAAAGUAGGCAAACAAGUAAAACCAGUGUUCAUUUCCAACUUCUGCUACCCCUUCCCAAAUGUGAUUUUCUUGUUCUCUAAGAAUUGCUGGUUUGUUUAUCAAUGUGUUGUAAGGUUAUGAAGAGCAAUAAGCACUCUACAACCAUCUCAAAGAAAUAUGAUAGAGAGCGGGAUGAUGUAGAGAAAUUGUAUACUCUUUGACAAUUACAACUCUUAGAUAGAAAGUGUGAGCGUGUAAUGCAUAUGACAACACAUUUCUUUAACAAUUUAAACACUAUAUGCCACUUCGGCGAUACAAUCAACUCCUUGGCAUGACAACCGUAAUGCAUGAUGGAUUCGAGUUCUUCUUGCACACUCAAACAAACUUGUAAGAUCUAUUGUCCUUUUCUUCAUCGUCAUCUUUCGAUGGUGUGCUUUUUAGAUCUACUGUCCUUUUCUUCUAUAUUUAACAAAUUUCUGAAAAUUAU